UGCUUGCAACUGUUUCUUUGAACAAAUCAAAAACAGUGAAAAAUAUCAGAAAAAUCAGAAAGAAAAAAAAAAUACACUGGAAGAGUAUAACAGGCACAAGACAUACAAUCCUCCACAUGAGAACCAGCUAACGUUUUGUCUACAGGGGAAGAUUUUAAUAAGUGACUGCCCAUUUUGGAACCGUACAAGAUGUGUGUCUCCAAAGAGAAUCAUAGCAUAUCCGAGGCGAUUUCCAUGGACAGGGUUUCAUGAAUUAGCCCCACCACAGUGAAAAAUGACAAAGGAUAAGGCUCAUAGUGACAGUCACAGUCACAUUCACUGUUCCUCUGCUUGUGAUGGACGAAAAGAGAAAGGCAUCAAAGAAGGACACAGCUUCCAGCAGCCAAGCCUCUUCUUCAUCAAGGUCAUUAUUCUCAAGGAGUACCUCUACUUCAAACGCACCUCUCCUUAGAAGCUUCUCCCAGAAGAAUUCUUCGUCUUCUUCUUCCAAAUGCAACAACAAUCUUCCUCGGAGCUUCUCACAGAAGAACCCUUCCAUCGGUCGGAAAUGCACCAAUAUAGCUAAAGAACAGAAAGCACGUUUUUACAUAAUGAGAAGGUGUGUGGCCAUGUUAGUUUGCUGGCACAAGCAUGGGGAUUCAUGAACUGCAAAAGUGCACAGAUCUUGUACUCCGUUUUUAUGGUUCCAACUUGCACAAUUUUUUUGUUUCUGAUCCAUGAGAUCCUUUUUUGGUCAUCUUUCAAAUACUAUAGAUUCCAUUGUAAUUACAAGUUAACUGAGGUGAUUUACACAUUGCUGCAAAUAUGUACAUCAACUGGACUCCAGAUUCAUGUUUC